CGUAAGAAAAUAAGUAACAAGGAAAGGUUUUAUUCACAGGCUGCAAUUUUUGAAAGCCUGUUAGACAGAGACAGGAGACUUCGAUUAGACAUAUAACACACAGCGGAGAAGACAGAGGAUAAGUUUCGAUAUACUCGAAUUACUUUUAAAAAAAUGAACGUUGGGGAAGAGAAUCUGCUGAAAUCUAUCAGCAACGAUACUUUGCUGGAUCUGACUCAGCGCUACGGGCAGUCAGCUUUCGGCUUUGGUGCUGGCCAUGGUGCUGGAAGUCCCGGGCGCUAUCCUCUUACACCGGCUGCAGAUUUCCUCUCCGGUCAGACGGCGAAAUCCACCGAGAGCGGCGGGGAGCAGACCAGUGACGACGACGACGGUUUCGACCCUCUAGAUCCCCGGAAGAGAAGUUCGGGGUUCGACGACGACAAACAUUCUGGCUCCCUCGGAAAGAAGCCUAAAGAGCAGAGGUCGCUGCGCUUAAGCAUCAAUGCACGGGAGCGUAGAAGAAUGCAUGACCUCAAUGACGCCUUAGACGGCCUGAGGUCUGUGAUCCCUUAUGCUCAUAGUCCAUCCGUGAGAAAACUAUCCAAAAUAGCGACAUUGUUGCUGGCGAAGAACUACAUUCUCAUGCAGGCGCAAGCUCUGGAGGAAAUGCGAAGGCUGGUGGCUUAUUUGAACCAGGGACAGACAAUUACGUCGCCCAUUCCGACGGCACUGGCUCCAUUCGGACAAGCAGCUGUGUAUCCAUUCACGGGUACAGCUCUAGCCACUUGCGCAGAGAAAUGCACUUCUUACUCCGGGACACCUUCAAGUCUCUUCAAACACUGCAACGACAAGCCUUGACUCGACCUCGUCACUCACUUUUGCCCGCAACAUCUACAUGGUGGUCCCUCCGCUUAUUGAAGUUAUUCUGUUGGAAAUUUUUAGUUUAAUACGUACUCCUAAAUUAAAUAACUGCUACAAUGUUUCAUCCUGAUUUCUCAAACGAUGACACAUACCUUUAUAAUGAAAUGAUUGAAUAAUUUUGGGAAUGAGCAUUCAAAUCGCUGUUAACCUUAAAGCUGUGCGUCUUUUUAUCACUGGCUUUCUCUCUUUUGAAUAAUUUGCAUCCACACUUUGUAGAAGGUAUUACUGUAAUGGGUUGUUGAUCAUGCUCAGCUGUCCAGCUCGAAAGAUAUGUCAGCGCCUUGUAUGUAUGUACUAGAUACCGAAAAACAGUUUCAGUGGUUUCCAUUUAGUAAACAAUAUGUGAACUAUGCAACAUUCUGACCAGAUACAGAAAGGAGUUUACUGUACGAGGAAUACAUUACUGUCACUGAUAUCCUGCUACUGUGCCACUGCUAGAGGUGUGUUCGUCGGUAUUUCUAAUUAUGAAAGACGACUCUCAUGACAAAGGUUCAAACUAUGUGGAAAAAAUCUAUAUAUAGUGUAAUAUAUAUUUUUUGAAAAUAUGUAUUGAGGAUGUUGACUUUGUUAUUGCACAAUUCACUUGAUUGUAUUGUACUGUGGAAAACUACUUGAUAAAAGAAUGGAUAUCAAGGUACCGGUUACAAAAAAAAAAAAAAAAAACUGACAAAACGUGGUUGUGGUGAGACAUUGAAUUUCAUAUAUUGUUUAUAUGUCUUUAUAAUUAAACAUAUAUAUGCUUGA